AUGAAGAUCAAAUCCAAGUCAUCGUAUCAUAAAUCAGAAAAUACAUUCAGGUUUCUCACUUUUUCUGAGAGGCUUGCCAAUGUGAACAUCGAUGUGAUUCACCGAAUUGACCGCACAGGCUCUUAUGCAGAGGAAGUUGAGACGUAUUUUUCAGAAGGACUCACAAAAUGGAGAGACCUAAACUUGACAGAGCAUUUCACCACCUUUCUGAAAGAAGUAACAAACAAAUGCCAGUCCUUCAACUUGCUGGUGUUCCAUCAAAAGUCUCUUGUGGAGAGUUUGAAGACUCAUCUCGCUGUCAACAACAGUCUUGCCUACCAACCACUCUUGGAUCUGGUGGUGCAGCUCGCUAGAGAUCUACAAGCUGACUUUUAUCCACACUUUCCUGACUUCUUCCUCUUGAUCUCAUCGCUUCUGGACACAAAAGACACAGAGCUGCUGGAAUGGGCCUUUACCUGCCUGUCCUACAUGUACAAGUAUCUGUGGAGACUCAUGGUUAAAGACAUGGGCAGCAUUUACAGUUUAUACAGCACACUGUUGGCACACAAGAAAGAGCACAUCAAGAAGUUUGCUGCUGAGAGUUUCUCCUUUUUGAUGAGAAAGGUUCCGGAUUUGGACGCCCUACUCAAUCACGUGUUUACCGAUCUACAAGAGAAUCCGGAAAAGGCAGAAGGAACGGGACAGCUGCUGUUUGAGAUGUGCAAAGGAGUGAGAAACAUGUUCCACUCAUGCACUGCAAAUGCUCUCUCUGUGACUCUUCAUAAACUGGGGCCCAUCACUUGUUCAGGCCUCACGUUGCCCUGGGAUACCGUCAGAGAUGCUUUGGACCAAAUGGUUCAAUCUGCUGCAGAUCAUGUGCACAAAGAACACUGCCUGGUUCUGUUUGAGUGUCUGCAGACCAGUGUAACUGAGGUCCUUGAAGUCGUCGAGGCAAACAGAGACACAGCACAGGAGGCGAUGGAUCAGCUGGAGCGACUGCUGUUCAUUUUCCACUCGCUGGUUUCACACAGAGACGGAGCCAAGGUCACGAAGCCCGAGGAGGUUUGCCAGGUGGUCCUAAAGCUGGUUCAGUCUCCUUCCCUGUCCAUCUCCUGCUCCCGCCUGCUGCUCCAGAUCAUUUCUUCUUUGCUGUUAGGGGAGAAUGUGACACUACCUAAUACUCUGAUACAGCAAACCAUUCAGAAGGUUUUCAACAGCAACAUAGAGUAUGAUCUGAUCCUAGAGUUCACCAAAGAAAUGCUCAUCAUGAAACAAUUUGAGCAGCUCUUCCUACCCAGCCUGCUGCGCUUCUGCACGGGUCUCAUGACGUGCGGUGACCCCCUCUUGUUCCGCUCUGGUUUGGAGGUUCUGGUUCAUCUGAUCCUGACCAAAGCCCCGCCCCCCACCGACGGAUCUCUGGCUUUUGAGACCUACCCGCUGCUUUUCACAGGACAGAUAACUGGGAUAUUUAGCAGUGCAGAUGCCAAGAAUAACGGUAUGACUCUGCCUAACGCUGUACCGGAGAUGGUUCUUGCUCUGGUCAAAUCUUUCGAGCAAACAGAACAACCCAUCGCAGAUUUGUCUCAGUCAUGGGCAGCUUCUGUGCUCCUUCCACACCUGAGACCACUGCCCGCAGCAUCAGUGCUUCCUCCCGUCACAGCCUUCUUGAAUCGUCUACUCAUUCAGAUCGGGUCGGACACACUGGGCAAAGCUGGGUGUUUUGUGGCCCGACAGGCUCUGAGCUGCAUCCUCACUGUGGACAACACUGCUAACGUUCUUUCAUUGAUUUCAGUGGAAAAGAUCACCUCCAUCCUACAAAAAUAUCCCUCCGACCUCUCCUGCCUUCUCCUAACAGACUUGUACUACACUCGUCUGUCAUUAAACGGGGUUUCUGAUCAUCUUUCCCACAAUGCACUACUACAGCUUUACCAGUUCCUUCAUAAUAACUUGUCCUCCAACAUUUCCAUGAUCAGGCUGCUGACCCUAAGGAUCUUUUCUCAUUUUGAGGCUGAUUUACCUGCACCGUCUGAGGGAGAGGAGAAUGCAGAGGUGCAGUGUGUGUUCUCAGUCUGCCUUCAGGCUGAGCUGGUCCCGGCCUCAGUGCAGGACUACAGGGAGAAACUGCUCCAUCUGCGAAAGCUUCGACAUGACCUGGUCCAGCGCAGUCUCCCUGUGGGACCGGCUGGCACCUUCGCACAGGUGCCCCUGCGAUACCUGAUAGCCAUGCUGUUUGUAAAUUUUAGACCGUUGUGGGAGCCAGUCAUCGAGCUGAUAGUGAGCCACGCCAGAGGGAUGGACAACAAAGAUUUCUGGAGAGUCUAUCAUGAACAAUUGGAAAUGGUGGCAACACUUGCGGAGAAAGAGAUGAAGGACGAUGAGGAUGAUGAUAACGACGACCGUAAACAUGCAGAACCAAGCCUCCAGUCUGAACCCGGCUGUGACUGUAUAGAAAGCGGCGAUGUGGGCGUGCUCUUUAUGGAGCACUUGAGGAAGAUCUCUGAGCCCAAUGACAGAACGGACUUCCCAAAUUUCCGCGGUCUGCUUUGGAAAGCCAUGUCCCAGUUUCCAGACAGAGUCGAACCACGGAGCCGAGAACUCACUCCACUGCUGCUAAGAUUUGUCAGAAAUGAGUUCUACACAGCAGACAUGAUUGUGGCACCAACUCAGGACCUGAGAAAGAGAGAGACCGAAGCGCCUGAGGAGACAUCGAUGGUCGUAGAUGAUGAUGAUGAUGAUGCGCUCGAGGAGGGUGAAUACAAAGGCAAAAAACAGAAGAAGGGUUUGCCCAGGGGAGCUGUUGCCAAACAGCUUACUACUCAUUUGAGAGUAUUUGCCAAAUUCAACAAUCCUCGUUCACUUUACAUGGAGGCCAGUCUCUGUGAGCUCUAUCACCAGUUGCUUUGUCACCAAGACCAGCAUAUUCAGAAAGUGGCACUAGAGUGUGUGCUCACAUACAAAGACCCCCACAUUUUACCCUACAAGGAGAAUCUAGAGAGACUUUUGGAUGACAAACAUUUCAAAGAGGAGAUUGUCCAUUUUAACAUUUCAGAGGAGACCGAGGUGGUGGACUCUUCACACAGAGCUAAACUGAUCCCACUACUCAUGAGGAUUUUGUUUGGGCGACUGAGGACUAAAGCGGGCAGUAAAUUCCAGGGAAAGGCCAGUGCUGGGGCCCGUUCCUCCAUCAUCCUGCGCUUCCUUGCGGGCUGUCAGUCUGAGGAGCUGGGCAUGUUCAUCAACCUGCUUCUGGAGCCUUUAUUUCAUCACUCUCAAGGAUCGUGUGCAGAGGCUGUGGAGCGAGCUGUAGCAGACACGGAUGUGGGCGCGGUCCUCCCUUUGGGACGCCUGCACUCUCUGCUCAACAUUAUAACUGUGGUGAUGGACAAACUGGGACACCUGAUCCACUCAGACCUGCCCAAAAUACUGCAGAUCCUCCUGUGUGUGACCGCCUCUGUGUCCACGCUGCUGGACUGCAGGGAACAGUUACGGCCAGGAUGCAUUAGCCCUCUAAAGAACCUUCGGCGACUGGGUGUUCUGAGGAUAUUGGACUUUUUUGACAAUUUUGACUUCUACAAUUUCACUCCAGAUGAGCUGGAUGCUGUGUUUGUGGGUGUGAUCUGGCCCCAGAUAUGCCGCUUACCCACAGAAAGCACCUACUCGCCCACACCUCUGCUCAAACUCAUCCACGUUUGGUGUAAAAACGCUCGUUUUUUCACGCUUAUGGCAAAGCAGAAGCCAGAACAUCCAGAGUGUGAUGUCCUCCUUAAUGUGUUUGCGCUACUUUCAGCCAAAAACACCUCCACACUGACCAUUGCCACAGUUCUGGACAUAGCAGAGUCAUUGGCCUCAACUCAAGACUUUGUGGCUUCAGAGAAUGAGACUGAGUUGAUUGUAAAUGGCAGUGUUCUUCCACAGCCAGCAGAGGGCACUCUCACAACAGACUCCCUAACUCAAGGUUCCAGACUGCUGCUCCCUCACAUCCCCACUCUGCUGCAGUACCUCAGCCUUGUUGUGCGAAACACUGACCGACUCAAAAAGAAAAAAUUUAGAGCCCAAGUGGCCCGCGAGCUCAACAUCCUGUCCAAGAUUAGUCGAUUUGUAAGUGACAAAGAACAAAGUUCUGUGCUCAUCAGCCUGCUGCUGCCUCACCUGCAGAAGGGGAACAACCCGCCUGAGACCGAGAUUGACGUCUUGGCCACAGUUCAGAACUUGCUACGCCAGUGUUCGACUCCCUCCUCUUUUCUGCGUCCCUUGAGCAAACUUUUUUCUGUGAUCCACAAGAAGAUCCCCAGACAGGCCCUCACCAGUGUCUUCCAGACAUUGUCGGAUUUGGAUCCCUCGCUCACAUACAUCACUGAUGUUGCUUCCAAGCUUAAUGCCUUUGACAGUCGACAUUUGGAUGAGAUUCACUUUGAUGUUCGCCUGGAAGCGUUUCAAGCAGCAAAGAGCCGUGUGAGAGACAUGCAGACGCUGGACCUGGACCUAAUCUUCACACUGAUUCACAACUGUUUUCACACGUAUGAGCUUGGUGACAUGUCUUUGGGAGACAACGCCACCUUGUGUCUGUCUGCGAUCAUUGAGCAGCUGGCAACAGUGGAGGCAGCAGAGCAGCUCUACAGAGACAUCAUUCAACACACUGUUCUGGAGGCGGUGCACAGGGGCCUUCGCAGCAAAACUGAGAGCGUGCAGCAUGAGUACACCACAGUGCUGGCCUGUUUGGUGAAGACAUUCCCCUCAAAAAAAGAGUUCCGAGACUUAGUUCAGCUCACGGACUACAAUGACCCUGAAUCGGACUUCUUUGAACACAUGAAACACAUUCAGAUCCACCGUCGUGGUCGAGCCUUGAGAAAACUGGCCAAGCAGCUAACUGAAGGGGCUGUGGUCAUGAGCCCCCGCUCCCUACAGAACUACAUAAUGCCUUACGCCAUGACGGCACUGAUGGACGAGAAGAUGCUAAAGCAUGAGAACAUGAUAUCCGCCUCAGUGGAGGUGGUGGGAGCUGUGUGCCGUAAGCUUACCUGGUCCAAGUAUUUGUACUACCUCAAGCACUUUGUCCACAUCCUGCAAACAUCCCAAACUGAGCAGAAGCUGGCCGUGAGUUUGCUGGUUACUGUUUUAGAGGCCUUUCAUUUUGAUUACGAGACCCUCACUAAAGAAAUUGACGCUGCUAAAGCCAGAGAAGACAGUGCCGCUGUUGUUGAACCUGCGGAGGAAGAUGAUGCUCUAGUAGAAGACGAAGCGAGCGAAGACGAGGAGGACAUGGAAACAGAUAGUAAAGACCAGCCGGCCGUCACCGGGGAAUCAGAAAAGGCUGUUAUUGCUAUGGAAACCGACAGCACCGAUGCACAGCAGGACUCUGGGGUUACAGUCUGUGAAGGCAAACCCACCACAAUCCCCAAAGUGUCCACCGGGCUGCCCCAGAGCAGAGAGGAGCUGCAGACACUGGUCACCGCCAUUCAUAAGACCGUCAACGAGAGUGUGUUGCCACGACUGCAAAAGUGUUUAACUGCCAAGGUGCAAAGAGAUGAAGAACACAAGGCCGUGAAGUCAAAGGAACUGAAGGAAGAGGAGGUGGUCCGCAUCCCCAUCGCCUUUGCCAUGGUCAAAGUCAUGCAGACGUUACCUCCUCAUAUCAUGGAGGUCAAUCUACCUGGGAUUUUAAUUAAGGUGUGCGUACUGCUGAGAAACCGCUUUCAAGAAGUCCGAGAUAUCGCACGAGGAACUUUGGUGAAGAUAAUUGAGACUUUGGGCAUAAGAUAUUUGCAUUAUCUGCUCAAAGAAAUGCAAGGAGUGCUGGUGAAGGGCUACCAGGUGCACGUGUUGACAUUCACAGUUCACUCACUGCUGACCACCCUCAGUCCAACUCUGAAGAGUGGAGACCUGGAUCCCUGUAUGAACAUGCUCAUUGAUAUCUUUAACAACGAGCUGUUUGGUGCCGUAGCUGAAGAAAAGGACGUUAAGGGCAUUGUAUCUAAAACAAUGGAGGCCAGGCACAGCAAAAGUAUGGACUCCUACGAACUACUGUCUCAAUUCUGCAGCAAAGAAAGCAUCACAAAACUUAUCCUGCCACAGAAGGAGAUUCUAGAGACCUCAUCCAGUCUGAAGGUGUGCACCAGAGUUGGGGCCGUGCUGCGCAGACUGAUCCUGGGUCUGCUGGUCAACAGUGGGAUGACUCCUCAGGAUGUGCUGCUCUUGUGUCAUGGCCUCAUCAACGAGAGCUUGCCCCUGCUCACCAAGAGAGACACAGAUAAAUCCAAAGCCAAACCACCUCCGGACCCCAGACUGCCCCCUCCCAGCUGCCUGCUUCUCUGUCCGACCCCAAAGAGAGGAGGACAGAGAGCGGCCGUGAGCAGCAAGACCAACAUGCACAUCCUGGUGGAUGCGGGACUCAAGCUUCUUCACAUGAGCUUGAAAAGAGGCAAAGUCACGUCCUCUGAGAUCUCUGCUCUGGAGAUGCUGGACCCGUUUGUGCCGCUGCUGCUGGAUUGUCUGGACUCGCUGCACGUCAAGGUGAUCACUGAGGCCCUGGUCGGCUUAACUUGGCUGCUGAAGUUUCCUCUUCCUUCAGUUGAGACAAACGCGGAGCAGAUGACCAAACAUUUAUUUGUUUUACUAAAAGACUAUUCUAAAGCUGGAGCAGCACGUGGAGAGAAUUACCUUCUGGUUCAGAACUGCUUCAAGACCAUAACUGUGCUGGUGAAGAAUAUCAAAACAAACGCCAUCUCGGAGACACAGCUGCAAGUGCUGCUGGGAUACGCGGAGGAGGACAUCUAUGACCAGUCCAGACAAGCCACCGCCUUCAGCCUGCUCAAGGCCAUUUUGUCCAGGAAGCUUGUUGUCCCAGAGAUGGAGGAAGUGAUGCGGAAAGUAGCCAAACUUUCUGUCAGCGGGGGAAAUGGCAUGAUCAGGAUUCACUGUCGUCAGAUCUACAUGAAGUACCUGCUGGACUAUCCUCUGGGCAACAAGCUUCGACACCACUUGGAUUUUGUGGUCUCUCAACUUUCGUACGAACACGACACAGGAAGGGAGUCAGCGCUGGAAAUGAUGGCCUCUAUUUUUCAGUCUUUUCCAGAGAAAAUGUUGAAAAAAUACUGCACCUUGUUCUUUGCCCCGUUGGCGUUGGUGGUGGUGAACGAUGACUCUGCUCGCUGUAAGAAAAUGGCCGCCGUGGCAAUCAAGGCUCUGAUCGCUCAACUCGACCUGAACAGCAAAAACCAGCUGUACACUCUUGUGGAGACGUGGCUCGAUUCAAAUAAGUCCACUCUGAAACGUUUGGGCGCACAGAUCUGUGGUCUGUUUGUGGAGGUAGAGGAGGAAAAAUUCUCUCGUCGCCUCGAAAAGCUGUUUCCGCGUAUCGAGAAAGAGACCCACCCUGACAACUAUGAAGACAUCGAUGAGGAGCAGGAGGAGAGAGGAGCAGACCGGUUGUUGUUUACUUAUCUAACUCUGGUCACCAAACUGUGCCAGCACUGUGGCUUCUUGGAGCUAAGAAAACAUCAUGAAACACUGAUUCAAAUCUGGAGCCACGCCGAGGCCCACCUGCGGCACCCUCACUCCUGGGUUUGGCUCACGGCCUCGCAGCUCUUCGGGCAGCUCUUUGCGGAACAUCAGCCCGAUCAGCUGCUGAGCCUCUGGAGGGAGGGAAAGGAGACGUCCAAUCAACCAGCGGCAAAGGUCUUCAUCACCACUGCACUGGACAAGAAGAUGAGGGAGUUGGCACUUGCUUUCUGUUAUCAGCUGCAAUCUAAGUACUUGGAUACAUCUUCGGGCGAGCAGGUCAUCAAAAACUUGCUUUUUGUUGGAAAAAUUAUCUACCUCAUUUCGCCUGAGUCUGACGUGCCUUUGGCCACAGAGGAGGAGGGUCAGGCAGGGGAGAUGGAAGAGGAGGAAGAGGUGAACGGAAAUGCUCUUGAGGAAGAGGAAAGAGAGGAAGAAGACGACAAAGAUGACCGACCACCUUCACUGCUGUGGCUAAUAAACAAAUUGUCCUUAAUGGCCAAACGCGAAGCGGCAUAUUCACCAAAAGUACCUCUCAAGAGAACUUGUGUAUUUAAAUUCCUCGGAGCGAUUGGAAUGGAUUUGGGCAAAGAGCGUCUGGGACCGUAUCUGAAAACCAUCAUCACUCCACUGUACAGAGAGCUGGACAGCACAUAUGCAGACCAAGACCCCACCCUGAAGAACCUGGCUCAGGAGCUGAUUGAGCUGCUGAAAAAGCAGGUGGGACUGGAGCCUUUCUCUUUGGCCUUUUCUGCCGUUCAGAAGGAGUUCUCCCAGAGACGAGCCGCACGCAAGAGACACAGAGCUCAGCAGGCGGUUGCAAAUCCAGAUGUUGCUGCAAAAAAGAAGCUGAAAAAGCACAAGAACAAAAUUGAAGCAAAAAAGAGAAAGAUUGAGUUCCUUCGACCCGGUUACAAGGCCAAGAAACAGCGGAGUCAUGCGCUCAAAGACUUGGCCAUGGUCAAGUGA